AUGGAUUUCAUUCAAGCAAUGAAACUUGUUAAGGCUACACGACAAUUUUUAAAUGAUAUGAGAAUAGAUGAUAAUUUAUCCAACAUAUUUUCUGAUUCUGAAUCAUUUUGCACAAGUUUAGACCUAGAAGAGAAAAAUAUGCCUAUUAAACGUACUUCCAUUAAAAAAAAAAUGAGUGGGGAAAGAGCAAAUGAUGAGCGACUUCUGUCUUCAAAGGACCGCUAUAUUAGUGAGGUAUAUAAUAUGACUCUUGAUAAGACUUUAAUGAAGCUGGAUGACAGGUAUAACAAUGCUGAAAAUGUUUUUAAUGAAAUUUCAUUAUUUUCUGCUGAACAUUUACUUCUAAAAUCUGCUACCACACCAAGCUCAUUUAAUUAUAUAUGUAAAUGGUUAUCAUCCACAAACAUUGAUCAGGAUAGUUUGAGUACUGAGUAUAAUUUAUUCUCAAACAACUUUAAGAAUUUCAUGAAAACAUGUCCUGAAAUCUCAGUAAAUAUUGAUAACAAUACAACAAUUGAUGAAUUCAGCCAUGAGAAUAAUAGCAGCGAUAAUGAUAGCUUGAGGUCCAAUGAUGAAGAUACAAAUGCAUUAAAACUUUUAGAUAUUUUUAAAACCCUCAGUAAUACUGGUAUGUCAGCGGCGUUUCCAAAUUUGUACUUGGCUUACAAAGGUAUUUGUACUUUACCUCCAACGUCAGCAAGUGCUGAAAGAUGUUUUUCUAAAUUAAAAUUAAUUAAAACUAAUCUUCGCUCAACCAUGUCAGAAUCCAGACUUGACCAUUUAAUGUUAAUAUCAUGUAACUCUGAUAUUGAUAUACAAAUAGAUGAGGCUAUUAAUAUGUAUGGCUCAAGGUCAAAAUUACUACAAUCAGUGCUUUUAUUUUCUUAA